AAUUUCACCCUCCCCCUUUCCUCCGAAGCGAAAAACCCUAGAAAUUUUAAUCUUCUGAUUCAGGAAAAAGUCUCGCCAACAAUGGCGGAUUUUGGGUUUCUGUCCGAUACAGACGAUUCAGCUGUGGAGGAUCUGAUUUCGCAGGCUAAGGAGCUCUCUGUUCUUGAGCAGGUCGCCGCCAUAAACUGUUCUGGUCUCACCGACUCUGUUCUUCCCGAUGACCUCGAGACCCGAUUCCGUCGCCUCAAAUCCAUGCCGGGUCCUCCACCCGACCCGGAAUCUUCAUCGUCGAAGAGGAAGAAGAAGCAGUUCUAUCACUCGAAAAGCGCGGUGAAUUACCCGGUGAGGAAGCGGGGAGGUGGGUCGUUUUCUUCUCCCUCGUCUGGCGAUGAAGAGAGGGUUUUCUCGAGAAACGAACGGAAUCCAGGUGGUAAAUUUUGUGAUACGAAGAAUUCGCGUGCUGCCAGUGGUUCACUGAGCUCUUCUGACGAGAAAUCUCGGAUUUUGUCGGGAAACAAACGCAAUCCGGGUUUGAAGAAGGAUUCUCGACCUGGGCUUACUUCGGAUGGUAGUGGGGAUUUUUCAGAUUCCGGGAAAAUCGGUUCGAGUUCGUCGGAUUCCUCGAAAGAGAGCAAAAUUUUCUCGGCAGCCAAACAAACAGGGAAACUUCUCAAGGGAAAAUCCAGAAUCGAGUCAGCUUCAUCCUCCAUUGAAACAGCUUCAUCAUCAUCAAUCGAUCCAGAUCGAGAACAAAGACCGAAGCCGAAAUCAUCAUCAAAAUCGUGGCUGAAUUUGUUGUUAUCGCCGUCUAAAGCCAUCGGGUGCAUGUUACGUUCUCCAAACAAAACAUCCAACAGCAAGACCAUGUUGAAGAAGAACAGCAGAUCAUUCAGUGCUUACUCGAAUCGUGAUAAAGCUGUGGACUUUGAUGAAUUCUUGUCUGAUAUAGGCACAUUAUCGGUGGAAGAUCAGAGGAAAACGCUGAAGAAAGCAAUCAAAGAGCAGCAGAGGAUGCGAAGAGAAGCUGCAGAAAUCAUCAAAAUGGCCAAGCAGACUUCCGCAAGAUUUGAUUUUGAUGAUUAGGGUUCGUAAAUCAAUGUACUUUCCUAAUGCAAGUAUAUGUUUUUUUAUAUGAUAGAUAACAAAAAAUAUUAUGAUCUUAUAUAUAAUAUUCAAACUUUGAUU